GUGAAGAGGGAGGUUAUUCCUCUCUGACGUCUCUGGUGUCAUCCAUGUGCGCUUAUUCGCUACGGGAACAUUAUCGGAAAUAGCAGAACAAUGAGUUUCCUGAUUUUCUUUUGACAUUGUGACUGAACAAUAUUGACACAGAUUACAGAUCUCAAGAGGAAGGGGAAACUUUACUGUGAAAAGUUGCUAAAAUAUAUACAUAUAGAUAUUUCCCUGUCCCACAAAAAUCACAAGGCAGAGGGCAUCAGAGAAGGUUCCUAGGAUGUCUCUUAUUGAAGAUGCCUCCUAGGAGUCACUCACUGAGCCAAGGGCGUAGCUUCAAUGCCCGUCAUAGCCGGGCAAGAUACCAGGGGCUCUUCACCUCCCACACGGCUCCGACGUCACGGGGAUACUGUAUCCUGUUCAGCUUCGUCAUCGGUAUCCUUAUGAUCACAAUGGGGUCCGUUUUCUACCACGUGAUCCUUAUUCGACCCAUGAGUGGCACAUACCCACUGCGCACUCCUUCUAUGCCCCUGGCAUGUGGCCUUAUAGCCAUGGGUAUCCUCAUGGUCUUCCUCAGUUUUGGGAUAACUUGGAGGUACGGGUUUGACGACGGAGAUGACUCUCUGGAGGAAGACUCCCAAGCCUUGACCAAGGAUGAUGUCCUUGAUCAGAACCACCAAUGUUCCCCGAAGAAUCCUCCCGUAUGAGUUUCAACCGCCGCGCUCCUCUGGUGGGUCCUCAGCGACUGCAGUCUUCGAGCCUUCAGCCACCACCACCACAAUUCGGGUCUUCACCGACCGCAAUUUUCGGGCCUUCAGCAACCACAAUUCGGGUCUUCACCGACCGCAAUUUUCGGGCAUUCAGCAACCACAAUUCAGGUCUUCACCGACCGGUAUUCGCGUCCUCAGUCUUCAGCGACCACAAUUAUUGGGCCUUCACCGACCGCAGUUCAGGUCUUCAGCUACAUAAUCAACAGCGACAACAAUACGGGUUCUCAGUGACCACAGUUAUUGCUCCUUCAGGGACUGCAGUUCAGGUCUUCAGGGACGAAAUCUUUGGGCCUUAGACGACGCAUAAUUUAGGUCUACAGCGACAGUAAUUCGAGUCUUCAGCGACCGCAUUUUCGGGCCUUCAGCAAACACAAUCCGGGCCCUCAUCGACCACUAUUCGAGACUCCAGCGCCCGCGAUGACAGAGCCCUCAGAGACCACAAUUUGGGUCUUCACCACCCAUAAAUUGGUUUGUCGGCAAAUUAGAAUUUGGGUCUAAGCGACCACAGUACCUGAGUAUUCUUGAAAAUUCCUUCUCGGACGUUCAUCGACAAGUGACGCAGGUCUUCUUGAAUUUACUACACGGAAACAUCUCCCCAAAAUAAGUCACUUCGUGUCUGAAGAUCAUGUCGUACAAUGUGCUUGCAAAAACUGGCGGCGAUUGGUUGAGACUGAAAACUGGCGGUGAUUGGUUGAGACUGAAAAUUGACUGCGAUUGGAUGAGACUGAAAACUGGCGGUGAUUGGUUGAGACUGAAAACUGACUGCGAUUGGUUGAGACUGAAAACUGGCGGUGAUUGGUUGAGACUGAAAACUGACUGCGAUUGGUUGAGACUGAAAACUGGCGGUGAUUGGUUGAGACUGAAAACUAGCGGUGAUUGGUUGAGACUGAAAACUGGCGGCGAUUGGUUGAGACUGAAAACUGACUGCGAUUGGUUGAGACUGAAAACUGACUGCGAUUGGUUGAGACUGAAAACUGACUGCGAUUGGUUGAGACUGAAAACUGACUGCGAUUGGUUGAGACUGAAAACUGGUGGUGAUUGGUUGAGACUGAAAACUGGCGGCAAUUGGUUGAGACUGAAAACUGACUGCGAUUGGUUGAGACUGAAAACUGUCAGUGACUGGUGAGACUGAAAACUGGUGGUGAUUGGUUGAGACUGAAAACUGGUUGUGAUUGGUUGAGACUGAAAACUGGUGGUGAUUGGUUGAGACUGAAAACUGGUGGUGAUUGGUUGAGACUGAAAACUGAUGGGGAUUGGUUGAGACUGAAAACUGAUGGUGAUUGGUGAGACUGAAAACUGUCGGUGACUGGUGAGACUGAAAACUAGCGGUGAUUGGUUGAGACUGAAAACUGUCAGUGACUGGUGAGAUUGAAAACUAGCGGUGAUCGGUUGAGACUGAACUGGCGGUGAUUGGUUGAGACUGAAAACUGGUGGUGAUUGGUUGAGACUGAA